AUGCCGGUGGCAGCGUCGGCCAUCUACUUCCUCAACCUCCGCGGCGACGUCCUCAUCAACCGCCUCUACCGUGACGAUGUCGGGGGAAAUAUGGUUGAUGCAUUCAGAAUGCAUAUCAUGCAAACAAAAGAACUUGGCACGUGUCCUGUUCGCCAAAUAGGAGGCUGCUCCUUCCUUUAUAUGAGGAUCAGUAAUGUUUACAUUGUGAUCGUAGUUAGCAGCAAUGCUAAUGUUGCUUGUGCUUUCAAAUUUGUUGUCGAGGCAGUGGCUCUCUUCAAGUCCUACUUCGGUGGAGCUUUUGAUGAAGACGCUAUCAGGAAUAACUUUGUUUUGAUAUAUGAACUUCUUGAUGAGAUCAUGGAUUUCGGUUAUCCUCAAAAUCUGUCACCUGAAAUCUUGAAGUUGUAUAUAACUCAAGAAGGUGUUCGGUCACCAUUUUCCUCAAAGCCCUCGGACAAGCCUGUUCCAAAUGCGACUCUUCAAGUCACUGGUGCUGUUGGUUGGAGAAGAGAGGGACUUGUGUACAAGAAGAAUGAGGUUUUCUUGGACAUAGUUGAGAGUGUAAACCUUCUUAUGUCUUCGAAAGGGAGUGUUCUAAGAUGUGAUGUGACGGGAAAGAUUCUUAUGAAAUGCUUCCUUUCUGGAAUGCCUGACCUGAAGCUGGGAUUAAAUGACAAGAUUGGACUUGAAAAAGAGGCCCAACUAAAGUCCAGACCAGCAAAGAGUGGGAAGACCAUAGAACUUGAUGAUGUAACAUUCCACCAGUGUGUCAACUUAACAAGAUUUAACUCAGAAAAGACAGUCAGUUUCGUGCCACCAGAUGGUGAAUUUGAAUCGAUGAAGUAUCGAAUCACAGAGGGUGUAAACCUCCCAUUCCGUGUUCUACCGACAAUCAAGGAAUUGGGCCGAACACGCAUGGAGAUCAAUGUGAAAGUCAAGAGUGUUUUCGGUGCUAAGAUGUUUGCACUUGGUGUCGUUGUUAAAGUCCCAGUUCCAAAGAUCAGGAAAUUCCCUGGACAGACUGAGGCAACUAUGAGCGCAGAGGUGGAGUUGAUCUCUACCAUGGGUGAAAAGAAGUCAUGGAACAGACCACCUAUCCAGAUGGAAUUCCAGGUUCCAAUGUUCACUGCUUCUGGUUUACGUGUUCGGUUCCUUAAGGUCUGGGAGAAGAGUGGUUACAACACUGUUGAGUGGGUUCGCUACAUCACGAGAGCUGGUUCAUAUGAGAUCAGGUGUUAG